CCUGCCCCGUAUCCCAUGCAUAGUAUUCGUUGUGUCUUCGGUGUAAUUGUAAAACAGGCUGAAGGUAAACAGAUCUUUGUGGAGUUUGAUGGCUGCAACUGGAAGCAACAUGCCUGGGUGAAAGUUCAUGCUGAAGAGGUCAUCGUGUUGCUGUUGGAAGGCUCGCUGGUUUGGGCUCCUCGAAAUGAUCCAAUUCCACUUCAGGGAGCUCGGGUCUCUCUCACACAUUGGCCUGCACUUACUUUCACUCCUUUAGUAGAUAAGCUGGGCUUAGGCUCUGUGGUUCCAGUGGAGUUUCUUCUGGACCGGCGCCUAAGGUUCCUGUCUGAUGCCAGUGGACUCCGUCUUUUUCAGAUGGGAACGGAGAGCCAGAAUCAAAUUCUGCAGGAGCAGCCUGCCCUGCGAGAAUCUGUCAAUGCAUUGAUCGGUGACCAGAAGCUCCAGGAAAUUUUUAGCAGAGGUCCUUACAGCGUUCAGGGCCAACGGGUGAAGGUGUACCAACCAGAGGAUGAAAACAGCUGGCUCUGUGGUGUGGUGAGCCGUCAAGACCCCAUCACUCGCCUUAUGGAGGUGUCUGUGACUGAGAGUGGUGAGAUAAAGUCAGUGGAUCCUCGACUUAUUCAUGUGGUGAUGGACAACUCGGCUCCUUCCAAUGAGGGCGGAGGUGUAAAGACAGCUAAAUCUUCAAAAGGGAAAAAGAAACGCGAGUGUCUGGAAGGAAAGGAUGGACGGAGGAGGAAAACUGCUUCGGAUCCUGGGUGCGAUCCUGCAACAAAGAAGCUAAAAGAGAGGGGUGAAGCAGAUAGUAAUGGGAGUGAUGGAGGCGAGGGAAGCAGAGGCCCUUGGAAAGGAGGAACCAGCAGUGAUGCGGGGCUGGAUCCAAGGGCCAAGCAGCUGCCUCCGUUUGUUCCUCCAAUUAAUCGCAACAUUCGCUUUGCCACUUACACCAAAGAGAAUGGCCGAACUCUGGUAGUCCAGGAUGAACCAGUCGGUGGUGAGACACCUGUACCAUUCACUCCCUUUUCCUCAGCGGCUGGUCAAGCACUGCUGGUUGGAGCUGGUUGUAAAGAGGCAGGAAAAUCACUGGAACAGGUUGGCCAAAACAUGGCAGCUGCUGCAACAGCUGUUACUACAGCUACUUUGACGCCCACAACUGUGAGGAUCUCAGAUACUGGUAUGUCAGCAGUUUCUGGACAAGAGAAACCGAAAAGCCGGUCACAGGCUCAGGGAGAGAAUUCCCGAAACUCGCUUUUGACUUCUGGUUUUGGAGCAUCUCUUCCAAGUGCUCCCCAACCUUUGGCAUUCGGGGGUGGAAGAGGCCAAUCAAAUGGAGUAUUGACCGCAGAAAGCAAACCUGUUGGAUUUCCAUUUGGCAGCAGCACUGGGCAAGAGUCUCCAAAAGAUUCUGAUCUGUCAAAGAACUUGUUUUUCCAAUGUAUGUCGCAGAAUUUGCCCUCCAGUAACUACUUCACAGUCAUCUCUGAGAGUUUGGCUGACGAGCCCUCUAGUCGGGACUCAUUCAAGCAGUGUUCAGAAAGCCUGGGCUCUGGGAUUGGUAAAGGUAAAAGUCUUCUUGCAGCAGACAAUAAGCCUGCAGCCCAGUCUGGCAGUUCUGUGGACCGGAAGCUGCCAAUGGAGUCAAUGCCCACCCUCACUCCAGCUUUUUCAAGAAGCCUGUUGAAUCCUCGACCCCCAGAUAAUCAUGAAAAUUUAUUUUUACAGCCCCCAAAACUGUCCCGGGAGGAGCCUGCAAACCCUUUCCUGGCAUUUGCUGAGAAAGCAGAACUUGGUCCUUUCAGUAGCUUUGCAUCUUCAUCUCAGACAGGAGUUUCUACACCCCCUUCAACUGUGGCUCCCAAGGCUGCUUCUAGCUGGCCAGAAUCACUCACCUCAGCAGACUCUUCUUUUGCUAAGAAGAAAACCUUGUUUAUAACAACUGAUUCCUCCAAGCUGGUUUCUGGUGUGACCGGUCUGGCUGCCCUGGCUGGUGUACAGAGCCCUGCUACGGUGGGGAAAAAGGAACAGAAACCAUCUGUUGGGCCUGGGCAGCAGGACAACCCUCUUCUGAAAACUUUUUCUAACGUGUUUGGCAGGCACCCGCCUUGCUUUUUCUCUUCACAGGCAGAGUUUGCACAGGAGAACAGAGCCCCUUUUGAAGCUGUGAAAAGGUUCUCGUUAGAUGAGCGGAGCAUGACAUCCAAACAAGACUCAGAUUCUAGUACCAAUAGUGACCUGUCAGAUUUGAGUGACUCUGAGGAGCAGCUGCAGGCCAAGGCUUGUCUGAAGGGGAUCCCAGAGCACUUGAUUGGGAAGCUGGGCCCCAAUGCAGAACGGAACGCUGAGUUGCUACUGGGAAAAGGAAAAGGGAAACAGGCCCCAAAGGGCCGGCCUCGCACAGCUCCCCUGAAAGUUGGCCAGUCGGUGCUGAAAGACAUGAGCAAGGUGAGGAAGCUGAAGCAGUCGGGAGAACCCUUCCUCCAGGACGGCUCUUGCAUCAACGUAGCCCCUCAUCUGCACAAGUGCCGGGAGUGCCGUCUGGAGCGGUACCGCAAAUUCAAGGAGCAAGAGCAAGACGACUCAACUGUGGCCUGUCGCUUUUUCCAUUUCCGAAGACUGAUAUUCACGCGGAAGGGUAUCCUGCGAGUAGAAGGAUUCUUAAAUCCCCAGCAGAGCGACCCUGAUGCGAUGAGCCUGUGGAUCCCGUCUUCCGCCCCGGCAGAGGGCAUUGACCUGGAAACUUCUAAAUACAUCCUGGCCAAUGUUGGAGACCAGUUCUGCCAGCUUGUUAUGUCUGAGAAGGAGGCGAUGAUGAUGGUGGAGCCACAUCAGAAAGUGGCAUGGAAGCGAGCAGUCCGUGGUGUGAGGGAGAUGUGUGAUGUAUGUGAGACAACCCUCUUCAAUAUUCACUGGGUUUGUCGCAAAUGUGGUUUUGGAGUCUGCCUGGACUGUUACCGGCUGAGGAAGAAUCGUCCGCGAAGUGAAACAGAGGAGAUUGGUGAUGAGGAAGUCUUCUCAUGGCUGAAGUGUGCGAAGGGACAGUCUCAUGAACCAGAAAAUCUUAUGCCAACCCAAAUCAUUCCUGGAACAGCCCUUUAUAAUAUUGGAGAUAUGGUGCAUGCAGCACGAGGCAAAUGGGGAAUUAAAGCAAACUGCCCCUGUAUUAACCGACAGAACAAAUCCGUACUGAGACCAGCUGUCACCAAUGGGAUGUCACAGCUUCCCAGUGUAAAUCCUACUGUGUCUGCCUCUGGAAAUGAGAGCACCUUCUCCAAUGCAGCAACAGGGACAGGACAGCUAGAGAUGGAUACUGGUCCUAAACCUGAGGCUACAGAUGGUAGAACUGAGGAGUCUGCAAAAUCAGACACGCCACCAACCAGUAACACAAGCGAAACAAAGACUAACAGGGCAUUGUGUCCAGAAACGACCCCCUCAUCUGCCUUGCACUGGCUUGCUGAUUUAGCAACCCAGAAAGCAAAAGAAGAAACAAAAGAAGCAGGAUCGCUGAGGUCGGUGCUCAGCAAAGAAUCCCACUCGCCCUUCGGAUUGGAUUCCUUCAAUGCCAGUGCAAAGGUUUCCCCUUUAACUCCAAAGCUGUUUAACAGCCUCCUGUUGGGCCCAGUUGCAUCUAGCAACAAAACCGAAGGUUCGAGUCUCAGAGACUUGCUACACUCUGGACCAGGAAAACUGCCUCAGGUCCCAUUAGAUGCAGGAAUCCCAUUUCCUCCAGUUUUCUCUGCAGCUUCGAUGGGGGCCAAAGGUAAAGCCAGUCUGCCCAACUUCCUAGAUCAUAUCAUUGCUUCUGUGGUGGAAAAUAAGAAGACAUCUGAUGCUGCAAAGCGAACAAGUAACUUGGCUGACACUCAAAAAGAGGUGAAGGAAAUGGUAAUGGGACUGAAUGUUCUGGAUCCACACACGUCUCAUUCCUGGCUCUGUGAUGGAAGGCUCCUAUGCCUUCAUGAUCCCAGCAACAAAAACAACUGGAAGAUCUUCAGGGAGUGUUGGAAACAGGGCCAGCCUGUGCUAGUUUCUGGAGUCCAUAAGAAGUUGAAGUCAGAGCUCUGGAAACCAGAGGCCUUCAGUCUGGAGUUUGGAGACCAGGAUGUUGAUCUGGUGAACUGCAGAAACUGUGCCAUAAUUUCAGAUGUGAAAGUGCGUGACUUCUGGGAUGGCUUUGAAAUAAUUUCUAAACGCCUGAGGUCGGAAGAUGGACAGCCGAUGGUACUGAAGUUAAAGGACUGGCCUCCAGGGGAGGAUUUUAGAGACAUGAUGCCUACAAGGUUUGAGGAUUUGAUGGAGAAUCUUCCUCUCCCGGAGUAUACCAAGAGGGACGGCAGGUUAAAUCUGGCCUCUAGGCUGCCAAGCUACUUUGUACGUCCUGAUCUGGGUCCCAAAAUGUACAAUGCCUACGGGCUAAUAACUGCGGAAGACAGACGUGUUGGUACGACCAACUUACACUUGGAUGUGUCUGAUGCCGUUAAUGUCAUGGUGUAUGUUGGGAUCCCCAUUGGCGAAGGGGCCCAUGAUGAUGAGGUGCUGAAAACAAUUGAUGAAGGAGAUGCUGAUGAUGUAACAAAGCAGCGAAUCCACGAAGGGAAGGAAAAGCCUGGAGCUCUGUGGCACAUCUAUGCUGCCAAGGAUGCUGAGAAGAUCCGUGAACUUCUGCGGAAGGUUGGAGAAGAACAAGGUCAAGAAAAUCCCCCAGAUCAUGACCCAAUUCAUGACCAAAGUUGGUACUUGGACCAGACCCUGCGUAAGCGUCUUUAUGAUGAGUAUGGUGUACAAGGCUGGGCAAUAGUACAGUUCCUAGGAGAUGCAGUGUUCAUCCCUGCAGGUGCACCCCACCAGGUUCAUAAUCUGUACAGCUGUAUUAAAGUGGCAGAAGAUUUUGUAUCUCCAGAACAUGUAAAGCACUGCUUCCGCCUGACUCAAGAGUUCAGACAUUUGUCUAACACUCACACGAACCAUGAAGAUAAGCUGCAGGUGAAGAACAUUAUCUACCAUGCAGUGAAAGAUGCUGUUGGCACACUGAAGGCUCACGAAUCCAAACUGGCUAGGUCUUAGGAGUUGCUAAUUCUGAAUCCCCUGUGAAGUAAGCCUUUGCUCACAGUACAUACAGGGACUGCACUUGACUGCCUCUGCGGGAGCAGAAGCCUCUCACUAAGAGCUGGUGUGGUCAGUAUUACACACACUCUUCAGCCACUGUUUUCUACGCUGCCUCAACACUGAAGGUCUAAUGGGAAGUUGCACUGUUACAUGCAGAAUUCCUGUCUGAUGAAAGGUGCCGUUUCCCUUUCCUGUGGCCUUCUGCAAAUUGGAAUUGCAUGGAAACCACAUGGUGUUCCUGCAUAUUAUAAUUAGAAAUGGUAUAAGAGUGUGACAUUUUUUUUCCUCAUGCCUAGUUAGUCUCCAAGAAAUUAGAAGGAAUGUGCUGGAGGUGGGGUAUCCUAUUGCAGACUUAAGUAGAUAGCUGCUGCAGAAGUGUGACCACCAGGAGCCCAACUGCAGAAACAUACACGCUAAUCCUUCCUAGUGUGAUUGAUACAGGCCAAGGAAAAGGGAUAAAGCUGUUCUCCACACUCCCCUUCUUGUAGCCGUUUAUACACUGUAGAACUGCAGAAAUACAGGGAGAACCCACUGCUUUUCCCAGGAGGCUCCAGAAUUAGGAGAAUUGUGUAUUUAGUGAAAAACUAGGUUUGUAGUGAAACAGUUAAUAUUUCAUGAAAGUAGAUAUUUUUAGUAUUUUUGAAAUACCACAACUGUUCCUGGAUUUGCAAGGAAAGGCACAUUACAUUUAGUCUUCCUUUCAAUAAAAUCAAUAAAUGAUUUGUAGAAAUCAGUCCAAAAUAGCACAAAAUCAGCCAAAGGAGAGCUAAGAGAAAUUGACCCUCCCCUUCCAGUUUCCUCAAAAUGAGAAGUAAAAAGGGGCAUGAACUUUGUUUUGACUUGGAGAUGUUGUGCAUCUCCUCCUGCACUGGUAAGGCCAGGCAAUAGUUCACCCGGUGCCGGUGCUAGCUCGGGGCUUCUAUCCUUUCCAGAAGUGAAGGAAAACUAAUUUUCAGAUAUCAGCUUUGUCCAGAACUAUUUUAAGUAAAACGUUCCUGCUUGAUAGAACUGUAUUCAGAAUUAACUAAAUGUCAGCAUUGAUGCGGUGGAUUUCAUUGUCCGGGUACAUGGGGAAAUGUAUCUACCUUAUAUCCAGCUGUACUGUAGUGCCACCUGCAGGCCUGUUAAUAUGUUCACGGUUAUUUCAUUUUU